UCGAUUCCCCAUUAGAGCAUUCUAAUUUGCAGCAAUGCUUGCAGACGGUGCAAAACCUGUGCUUCCAUAUAUACGAACCUUUGGCGUGUUUAUAAAAAAUGCUGACCUGCAUUCAAAGCAGGAAUCUCGUUUUCAAUUUUGUUUUGGCGCGAAAAACAAAGAUGGCGCCAGCAUUGAGGAAAACCUGUGAGUGUGAAUUACGAUCAAUAACAACGAAGGUACCACGAAUAAGGACAUGAUGUUCGGCAAAGAGAGUUUUUUAUUCCCUUCCAUUGCUUAAAUUGGAGGAUAGAUUCAAAUUAAUUGUCUUUGGAGAGAUGCACUUAAAAAUAUGCUCUAACAAAAAUGGUAGUAAAAAUGGCUUUCAGUACAAGCUACACUAUGGACCUGACACCGCAAUGCUAUUUGAAUUUACCUUUGCUGGUUUCGGAAGAAGGAGCAAACUCUUCACAUAUAUAUCUGUCACAUCAAAAGAAGAAGGUAUCCAAAGAAAGGAUGUGGACAAUAUGAACAAUGAUCAAUUCCAAAAAGCAAGAGGUUAUAAAUAUGAGAUUAAGCCAGUAUUGCUUCAAAAAUACGGACACACAAAAAGCAGAUUUGAGAGGGAAUUACAGGGUUUGGUAUGUCCUGAACAUCUCUGCUUUUACCUGUGCAACGAACAACCGGUAGAGACCUGGUGCUGCUUCUGCCAAAAGGGAGGUGUCUCUGUAGAUGUAGAAUUCAGAAACAGAGCCUUCCAAUUGUGUGUACGUACUUGGAAGUUGAAGCAAUAACAGUGAAGUACCAGGGAAAACUCGAUACGUCAACUGCAUUGCGAUGAAAGGAGAUUUCGAGAUCAAACCUCAGACGAACUCGAUGAUAUUUUCGCACUUCGACCAUUUAUUUUCGGCUCAUUUACUUACGACUGAUAUACGUUUCUUGCCUAGAGCUAUCCUCUGCACGAACAUCCUCUGUUUGUUUGGACUUCUGCAUUUCUAUACAGAUAUUCAAUUUCAAGUCAGUAGAUAUCCUUAAUUAGCCACGAGAAUCGUCUUUGGUUGUGUUGGAUAAACCAAGAUGAGUCAUUGUGUUUCAGUUUUUAAACUUCUUUUGAAUUUUGAAGGCUGCUUCAAACUACCGUCUUGCUUGCAUUUUUUAUAAGAGCUUUUAAAUCACAUUUCGCGGUUUUCCUUUUGUUAUUUGGCAAAACUUUUGGAUAAUCCAUUUCUAUUUUUAUCCCAUUUUAUUUAUUAUUACUAAAUCUGCGCCAGGCAAGAAAAAAUUUGUGCAGGAAAACGACAUCCGCUGCCACAUUAGCACUCAAUAAUAAAUUGGAUUAUUUUUUUUCAUAAUUGUCAGAGAGUUUGCAUCGGCAUGGUGAUAAACAAAUGUACAGUUUUGACACCCAAGCCCUAAUCUAAUGCUCAUUAUCCCGUGUUAAUGAUGUUUGGUUGACCUGACCUUGUCACGAAAUACCGGAUCUUUUUUGUCUUUACCGAAUUCGUGCCUCGUGGUGGAAUGACUCGGGAAAACUCCUCCGUAUUCUACAGCUUUCGAGCUAUAUGUGAUUUACCUAUAAACUGUAAAUUACUUUGAUUCAAUAGCAUGUAAACUUCUAAUGUUUUACACUCCUUUUUUAUAUACUAAUUUUUUUGACAAAAUGAGCUAAGAAGUCAGUCAAAAAUUUAGAAAAAACUAAGUUCAAGCUGAGGCUAAAGAACAUUUUUUUAUCAGAAAUCUUUUACAAGAUGUAAACUUUUUUAAUUACCAUAUUUCUUAAGGGUUCCAUAAAUUCAGAUUUCAAAAUACCUUCUUAAUCCAGGAUUUUCAAAAUUCAUCAAUCGUCUACUUUUCGUUAGGAAAGUUAUCGAUAUACUGAAGAAGGUGAAUGCAUACUGGGUAGAUACUUAACGUCUUUUUUAUCGACUUUUGUCGUUGAAUUUCGUUAUUUUACGGUGGAUAAGAAUCUCGGGUUUUUUUCUUACUUUAAAUUUGAAUUGCAAUGCAAAUGCGAUAAUUAGGUACGGAAGAGCUCACCACACCUAUUGAGCAGCCAUUUUGAACAAACCAUAUGGCCUCCUUUUUAGGAGAGGUGUCUAGCCUCACUCGCAAAUAAUAAGCGCCUUGAAUUUCUCGCUUACAAGCAAAAAGCAAAGUCGAAGAAGGUGGCAUAUUUAUGGUCGCAAGGCGGCUAUCUUUGCAUAGGAAGCCUGUAGCAUAUUGAAGCCAGGAUAAUAAACCAUAAUUAACAACUGGAUAACAUGAUCGGAAAUCUGACAUAGGAUAGAACCACAAUUAAAAGCUAUCGCAAACUCAAAUGUUUUCAAGGUGUUUUGAGAUAUAAAGCACCUAAUAAAAGAUCCAGCAAACUGUUUAUAUUGUCAAUGUUUCAGACUGUUGGUGAGACUCUUAGAGAAAUAGAAAGGAAAUGAGGGUUGAGUCUUGCAAAAUGACCCUAUUUUGGUUUUGCCUGCAUCUAAAAUUAGUUUAGAGAAGUUAUCGGUUGUACUUGAAAUAAAAUGGUAGUUAAAGGGAAGUCACAUCCCAAAUCUGUCUUCUUUCAUUGACAAUACCUCAAAGCAUUCCAUUCAAAUACCACUCAGUCUGUGAUGGAAAAAAUAGCGGUUUCAAUGGUAUUACGCCGAUAACUGGAUAUGCGGAUGUUGAUAGAUGGUUGAAGACAGAAAGCUUCAUCCUAUGUUGGGAACCUAAAAAUAAUGACUUUUGUAAUCCCCCAGGCUUGCCAUUUUUUAUCUGUAUGAGAAGAAUCCUAGGGAAAUUUUUCAGUGGAUCUUUUCGCGCAAUGUGGAUAACACCGGUGGCCUUAUUUGGAUCUGCGUGGGAAGGGCAUGUAGACACUUUAGGAGGGCGGGAAAAUGUGUUAACAACUGUUUUUUGUUGCCAGUACUCCAGUUAAAGUUAUUAUUAGUGUAGAUAUUUCAAGACUUUGUUUGAGAGAUAUGCCUUUGACCAAGGGGCAAAUCACUCCAAAAAGUCUCGUACACCUUUGGUGGAAAUCCUAUUGUUUUAUCUAGAAAUUCCCAAAAAUCCUUUUGUUUCAGGGAAAAUCUUGUAUGCUAUUUGCAAGAGUGAAUUGCCCCUCGCUUUUGACAGUAUGCAAAAGUCUAGGAUUGGGAACUUUUGAUAGGUAAUUUUGAUAGGGUAUGAAAGCAGUUAUGGUCUGCGAAAGAACAUUUUUGUAGAGUUACCUUGAAUUUGAAGGAGCUACCCUAAACAGUUUGUGUACCAGGUGUGCCUUUCCAUCGCUCCAUUCUUAUAUGCUUAGUAUUGGGUCCAUUAAACUGGUUACUUCAUGAAAAAGCUGUUAGGGGAUCUUCUCUUACUGAAGGUAAACAUGUUAUUUGUUUUGCUUAAAGAAGAGCAAAAGCGCUCACUAAGCAACUUAUUUUUAUUCGUGUUUGUGAUACUAACUCUGUCAUCAAAGUACUUGCUUUUACACUCUUUUUUUAGAAAAAUUUUAUAAGAAUACGAGCCUGCAAAUAAAAAUCUAAAUAGAAAGUACAAACAUAUAGAAAAAAUUAGCAUUAGCUUAGACCUAGGUACUAUGAAGUGUACGAAUGUGAGAGUUUAGUAUGAAGGAUAAAUAAUACAUGACAUGGCAUUACAUUAUUACAUUACAUUGCAUUAUAACAUUAAAGUACAUGGUUUAUAAUUUGAAUAUAUUUUCAAAGAAACACUAACUACUCUAUACCCGUCCAGUUUGUGCCUGCAGUAAAAUAUUGUAUCUAAUUUUCUUUACCUUACGCCCUAAUAAUUUAUAUCCAGCUUCAGAAUAUUUGAAAGAUAAAGAAUAGAAAGCCUGAACCUAAAUAUCCUUGUUCUUUCCAAAGUGCGUUUAAGAAUCCCUACGCAACUGGUUAGACGAUAAAUGAAUCAUGUUUAUUGAAGAAGUUCGCGAGAAUGUUUUAUCCAAGUGGGAACCACCACGAAAAUAGCAAAAAACGUGACUCUUGUCCACCCUUUCGUCUAUUAGUGAAAUUCUUGAACAGAGCCUAGCAUUAGUGAUUCAAGGCAAAAGAUUUUUAUGUUGAUUGUUGCUUGGAAACAAAGUAACAAUAAUUUAUUAGAGCCCUGAAAUUGAAAUUGUAGCUAGGUAUGGUUGAUCAACUUCGCUUCUCUCAUUUCAACCCGAGAUUUUAUUAUUUGUUGUCGUAUAGGCAGACCUCGGGGGGAGGGGGUCCCUCAAUAGGUUUUGAGGAACGGUGUGUGCUAUUUGAUAGGGGUACUAAUUUCUGAAAAGUGCAAAAGUAUCAUUUUGAAAAAAGGGUGGAAUUAUGAGUCCAAAUUUUGAAAAAAUGGCACCUCUCCGUCCAAAACUAGGCUUGGCUUACUUUCCAUUAUUUAUUGUAAAUUUGGAUAAAUUUGACUUGUGACUCGCGACUAGCCAACGGCAUCUGACAAGAGGUAAUCAAAUAACAAAAUUGACAGUGGUUUUUUCGUCUAAAUUUUGCCCUAAUUUUGCAAUUAUUUUCCUACAACUUCCCUUCCUUCACCCAAAAGCAAUCCAUCCAUCCAGGCGACGAAGGAGCACUUCGCAUCCCCAUUGGUAAUCUUCUUUGAUAGGUGGUGAUUUUGAUCACCUCAGGAAGUUUAAAUUUAGCUUAGUGGCUUUAAAGACAACACGAAAGUUUCGUAUCAUUUGGCAUUUGGUCAGAGUUUGCUCAGUGUUUGAUCAAAUCAGGUUAACAAUUCGUUUCAAUUACGGUUCCACUAAAGCGGUGAUGCUAGCAAAGAUUAUCGUCAAAAACGUGUUUGGUUUCGCUCGAGCUUCAAACUGUUAGUUUUGGAGUGCAAACCGGAUCACCGCACUUUCAAGGGAAAAUCGCUGCAACCAGGUACAUUGUUGUUACCAUUACUUGCAUUCCUUUAUCUUUACGGUGUUUAAGACCAGAUCCAGGAUGAUUACUAGCUUGUUCAAAGAGGAGAUAAUGUAGGCAAGUGUAUAAUAUUCUCUAGCAGUUGUAGCGAUUUUGACAGCUGUUUAUUUCGUUAUAAUAACGUUAGCUGUUCUGUUUGUUAUAAAUAUUUUGUAUACGGACUUCAAUGGUGCUGCAUUCAAUUUCGAAUCGUGGUUUUGGAUCAUCUAAACUUGAUCAUUGUCAAUAAACACUGUUUUGAAUGGCGAAUUUUCAGGUUUUUUGUAAGUAUUACGAUUAUGGUCCAGGACGAGUAAUCACGAGUCAGAUUUGUAGAAAUUUGGGAUUUAGAGACCCCGUCCUUUGAUAGAAAUAUUUAGGAACAAUGAAUGGCGGGUUUGAGGAUCGAACGUCUCAUGUUUCCAGCCAACUGAUUCUAGCGGAUUUCAUUCAGAAAGUCCACGCUCGUACUCACAAUCCCGUUGUUUACAAAUUUCCAUUUUAUUUUGACUUGCCCUUCAAUGAGAUUCAACCGAGGUUUGCUCUAAUGCAAACGGGAUACGCGAAUCUUGUGUUAUACCUAUAAUUCGUGCUGCUACCCAAACCAUGUGUAAAUGUGUCUUUGUCGGAGAUCAGAACAUUUCUUUAGCCUUACAUUCUUAUAUCGCUACAAAUUUUACUUUGAACUUCAUAAUGAAAGAAGUUCUACGUCUUGUCGAACAAAGCAAAUGAAAACCAACCCGUAAGGUUUAACGGACCAAUAGCAAGGUGCAGUUCUUGGAAGGAUUUUUUCUCUGUAGCAAUCCAGAAAUAUCAUAUUUCAAGAAGCAAAUUCACUUUCAAAGUAGAUACAUAGUGUGAAAGGAACACCAGUGCCAUCCCUUUUUGGAUGGCGAUUGAAGCGGUUUAGUAAUUUGAGAUUCCGUCCUUGAUUUUUGCAAAUGAGAUUCUCACCCGCUUUGACCCCAAACUGUAUUUUAAAUCCAUCCCUUUUAUCGUUAGCUUCAAAAUACAAACCAAGAAGUCAACAUCCCUACCCUGCAAGAUAAAAUGUUUAUCGUAUUCUGUCAAGCUUUAUCAGUUCUGGGAAUAAAAGGUUCAUAAAACACCUUAGUGAUUUCCAAUUCUUCUACUGACCAACAUCGGUCAAGUUUAUCGAAGCAUGGAUUAAGGGAGUUUCUCGACAGGAAAUUGCUAUUCUCUGGAUUUUCUGCUUCAACGAAAUUUUGAAUACAGGAAACCUUGAGAUAAUUAAUAAAACAGGCUUGAGUUUAGCUCUAGAGACUGUUAUCUGGCCAAAAAAAGGAUUUUCCCUAUUCGAUCAAUUCUUGACAUUGCUCACAAGUUUUAAAAUGGUGUUAAUUCUUCGAUCAUUUGCAAGCUUGAAAGUUAUUCUCUUUAAAACCAUUGAAAAUGUCGUCCUCCUUAAUUCCAACCGCCUCCUUCAAACUGCAAUGUCAACUCCUCCACUAGUCUAGCCACCAGCCCCUUCGUCAAAUUAAUUUGAUAUGGUACUAUCCUUAGUUGCUUCAUGAACCACCGUGCUUUUUAGGGGCUUGCCAGUGCCAGGGAAGGACUUCGAAAAUCGCUGGCAGGUUAAUAGAUGAAAAUUAAUGAGAGUAACUACUUUCCAAAGAGUAAUGGGACACGCAAGUUGUGGUUUGAAGCAAAUCGUGAAGCCGUGCAGCCAUUUUGAAACACUUUAUUUUAUUGUUUCAAAUGGCGUUUUAACCUAUCGCUAUUGAACGUUUCGUCAAAGAUAAAAAGACACCUACUAAUUCACCAAUUAAGCAUGCUCGAACUGUAUGUGUUGGAUUCAGGACCGGCCCUCGCAUCUGUGCCACAUCUCUCUUUCUUUCCUGCCAACAUUCUUUCAAUGCGAGUCAUCGUUGGUCGAAAUUUUAAUCUUUUGACAUAUCUCUUUUUCAGACAAUUAAAUGUUCAGAUAUGUCAAUUGUGUGGAAACAAAGAAAGUUUACAUUCUUGUUUUAAUUAGUGACAACGUCGAAUUUAAUAUUUGAAAUUGGCUUACGAGUGAGGAAAUCAAGAAGUUUCGGCUUCUACAUCAUACAAACCACAGGCCCAAAGUUUUUGUUCCCUUCGCUAUCGUCUAUACGUUCUAUGCUA